GAAAUGGACGUGGAACGUGGAUUCUACCGGCAGGUGGAUGUUCAGGACCACGCUCACUACAUUGUUGCCUUCUUUGUCUUUGUGAUUGGAACAGUGGGUGUUACUGGGAACGCCUUGGUCAUGUACGCAUUUUUCUGUAACAAGAACCUGCGGACUCCACCCAACAUUUUCAUCAUGAACCUGGCAGUCAGUGACUUCCUCAUGGCAAUUACACAGUCGCCCAUCUUCUUCAUUAAUUCCCUUUACAAGGGGUGGAUUUUUGGUGAAACAGGCUGUAAAAUGUAUGCCUUCUGUGGAGCUUUAUUUGGAAUUACUUCCAUGAUAAACCUUCUAGCCAUCUCUAUAGACCGCUACAUUGUCAUCACCAAGCCUCUGCAGGCCAUACAGUGGACCUCCAAGAGACGCACUUGCCUCUCCAUCGCCCUGGUCUGGCUGUACUCACUAGCUUGGAGCCUUGCACCACUUUUGGGGUGGAGUUCGUACAUACCUGAGGGCCUGAUGACCUCAUGCACAUGGGACUAUGUGACAUCUACUCCUGCCAAUAAAAGUUAUACCUUGAUGUUAUGCUGCUUUGUAUUCUUCAUCCCUCUGGGCAUUAUAUCCUACUGUUAUCUGUGCAUGUUCCUGGCAAUCCGCCAGGCAAGCAGAGAUGUGGAGAAGUUGGGGUGCCAGGUGAGGAAAUCAACCCUGAUCCAGCAGCAGUCUAUCAAGACUGAAUGGAAGCUGGCCAAGAUUGCCUUUGUGGUCAUCAUAGUGUUUGUGCUUUCCUGGUCGCCUUAUGCAUGUGUCACACUCAUCGCCUGGGCUGGAUAUGGAAGCAUCCUCAAUCCCUAUUCCAAAGCUGUCCCUGCUGUUAUAGCCAAAGCAUCGGCCAUCUACAACCCUUUUAUCUACGCCAUCAUUCACGCGAAAUACAGGGACACCCUAGCAGAAAAGGUUCCCUGUCUACACUUCCUAGCCCAGGCCACCAGGAGGGACUGCAUAUCAGUGUCACAGAGUGACUGCUCAUUCAGGGACUCGACACUGAGCAGACAGUCAUCAGUCUCAAAAACCAAGUUUCACAGAGUUUCUUCCUUGUCUACGACAGACACAGUGAGUUUGGCUUCAAUGCAAAUGUGGAGUGACGUGGAGCUGGACCCUAUCGGCCAUUGUCUGAGGUCCAGCUAUUCCCUUGGAGCUCUGAGGGACAAAGAGUACAACUCACUGGCUAAGCAGACCAAGGAAAGGGGAAGCCAAAGCCAGGAACAGAUUCCCAUCCCAGAGCGAGGCUCACUGAACAGAUGUGACCACAACAUAUUGCCAGAGACUUUCAACACAGUAUUGCCCUCGGCCUGGGUGAGGCAAAGGGAGGAGAAUCCUGAAAGUUGGAAUGAAGAGAAGAAACAAAAAGACAGCCAAGAGAAAGAGGGUGAUUAUGAACAGAGAGCAGCAGAGCAAGAACAGAAAGAGAAUGAUGAGUCACAGGUCCUCAUCAAGCCAGACUCUCUGGACAAUAUUGUAUCUGUGCAUUUCAAAGCCAUCAUCAGACCUAACUCAAAGACAGACCUUGUGGACCAUGGCAGUAGUGACGACAAACAAAGCACACAGAGCAGACAGAGAGAGCUGUUACUCGAUUUGCAGCCUCUAGACUGUUCUGCUCAACUAUUGGGGUCUGUGCAAAGAUUUCUCUCCCCAACACCAGGAAGCUAAAUGUUGAAUAUGUUUAUUUAUCCACGUGGCUAUGUAAACAAAUUUGUUUUUGUUUUUUUGUUCGAGACUAAAUGAACUUUUAUUUCCUCUGUUUCACCAUGCACUGCAGCCAAAUACAUGUGUUUACAAGUCUUUUGUGCAGACUGACACACGACUGUAUUAACAGAUAAUCCACACAUACCUCUCCAGUUAAGGCUUGCUGUUAAUAUACACACUAAUGCUACCACUGUUUUGUUCAACACUGCAACAUAAACAAAGAAAUGGAACCUAAACUUCUAAAAAGACCUUUCAAAAUAGUAUGCAUAAAAACACAAAAACAAAGCCAGAAAUCAUCUGCAUAUCAAAAACAAUUAAUAAAAAGAGCAACUAGAUUUAUAAUCAACUUGUUGUAAAGAGACCAAAGAUUAUUUUUUGGAAAGUUUAUUGUGUAUUUUGUGAAAAAGUUGAUUUCACACGUGUUUACUUUGUAAUUAAAGCUAAGCUAAAUAAAUUAAAGCGAAGUUAUCAGCCUUGCUCAUUUACAUGAGCAAUGAGAAGAUUUGGUUACUAUUUCUUGAUAAUGCAAUGUCUACAAUGCGUUAAUGAGUCACUGUAGAACUCUUUGUAAUGUAUGUGUUUUUCAUGUUUUGUAAGUUAAGUACAUUAUGUACUAU